AUGACGGCGCUGUUUGGUAAUAAUCCGCUAGAAAGGGUUUCCGGUGGGUUGGCUGUGAGGGCGUAUAGUUCCGCUUUCAGUAGUCACCCGAGAAAGUUUUUCCUGCGACCACUGCCAGUAGGUCCAGCUCAUGGUGAACACUGCUUAACUAACGAUGUUCCAAGUAGCGUCCUCCCAAUUUUUACAACUAGAAAGGAAAUUUGGCGUUGCUGGUUCUUGAAGGCUACUCGUGAGUAUAGAAGGGCCAAGGGAAUCAUAGUCAACACAUUUGCUGAUCUUGAGCCUUAUGCUAUUAAUUCUUUUCUAAUGGAAUAUUCUUAUGGUACGUCAAGAUUGCCAUCAAUUUUCCGUAUUGGUCCAGUUCUAAAUACGUCCCAAAUCCAAACUCAAUCCACUAAUGACCAUUCAGAAAUGAUGGAAUGGCUGGAUAUCCAGCCGGAAAAAUCAGUUGUUUUCCCCUGUUUUGGUAGUAUGGGAAGUCUUAUGCUGGAUCAAGUGAAAGAGUUAGCAGUAGGCCUUGAAAAAUGUGGCUACCGGUUUCAUUGGGUUCUUAUGCAACUCCCCGCUAAAAAUGGAGAAUUUGCAGGGGAAUUUGAAAAUCACGGACUUGCUUUGCCCGAAGGAAUCUUGGAUCGAACGGCUUUGAUUGGAAAAGUUGUGGGCUGGAUUCCACAAAUGGCCAUUUUGUCACACCCUGCCGAGGGUGGAUUUGUGUCACAUUACGGCUGGAAUUCAAUAUUGGAGAGUACUCGGUGCGGUGUGCCAAUUGCUGCAUGGCCAGUGUUUGGAGAGCAACAAUUCAACGCAUUCCAAUUGGUGAAAGAGUUAGGAAUGGCUGUGGAAAUUAGUUCGGAUUUCAGCGGAGCUAAUGAGCAUCAACCUUUGGCGAAGGCAGAACAAAUAGAGAAAGGAAUAAGGGAAGUCAUGGAUGGUGAGAAUGAUGUCAGGAAAGAGGUCAAAGAGUUUACUGAGAAAUGUAGGCAAGCUAUGAAGGAAGGCUAUUCAUCUCGUGUGGCCUUUGAGAAUUUGAUGUUGACUCUAUGCAGUAGCCUCCAUCAAGCUUCCCAAGUAUUGGGGAGGUUUGGUAAAAACUAA